AUGUCUCGCCAGGGAGGCAGUGGCAGAGGCAAGCAAAUGCCCCGCGAGGUUGUGCUCUCCAAAGCCCUAUCACAUCUUCUACGGCACUCGGCGGAUCGAGAGAAUUUGAAGAUUAGCAAAGAGGGAUAUGUGAAUGUAGCUGAUCUUCUCGAAGCACGCAAAAUCAAGCCUCUCAAGGUCACACUCGCGGAAAUCCUAGAAUCAGUAUCUAGCUCCGACAAACAGCGCUUUUCACUGCUCUACAUUCCUGCUACAAAUACAGAAACAGAGAGUGACAAAACUAAAACCCAACAAGAAGAAGAAGAAAGAAAAGAAGAAAAACUGGCAUUCACCACAGCAGCAUCCGAAGAAAAGCAAAAAAACGCAACGGUACACGCGCUUUCGGUUAAAGAUGGCGACGCCUCGCAUUUCCUGAUUCGCGCGACCCAGGGCCAUAGCAUGAAAUGCGUUGACACAACUCUUUUUCUCGAGAAACUGACUCUCGAUGGGGACGUCGAAAACAGCAACGACAAGUCUGCUACCGCCGUGUCACUUCCCGAUACAGUAGUGCACGGCACGUAUCACGGCGCAUGGCCGCUGAUUCUUGCUUCAGGCGGGUUGCAGGCCAUGAACAGAGCCCAAGUGCAUUUCGCGAUUGGGCCCACAAUCGAUGAGAUUUUUCCUAAUGGACGAGACGCGCCACCGGCCAAAUUGCCGGCAACAAAACAAAACCAAAAUGUCAUUUCCGGGAUGCGGUCCGACGCCGAGAUUCUGAUAUAUGUCAAUUUGCGCAAGGCGUUGCAGGCUGGUUGCCCCUUUUAUAGGAGUGAGAAUGGUGUUAUUCUUAGUGAGGGAAUGGUUUCGGGGGAUACAGAUCAGACAGCUGGCAAGUCCGUCCCUGUGGAGUUUUUUGAUCUGGUCGUGGAAAGGAAAGCUGGUCUUGGUGUUUUGUGGGAGGAUGGAAACAUCGUUCAAGAACUGCCAGAGAACUUGGCAGCCAAGAAGAAUCCAAAAUCCUUCAGAGGGGGUAGAGGAGGGAGAGGGAGAGGGAGGGGAGGCCAUAGUUGA